AGAUCCUUCUGCUGAAGUUCACCUAUGCCCGGCGUCGAACAGAGGAAGGUCCACGAUGAGCGCCCGAGUUCUGGUCGGAGUUAAACGGGUCAUUGAUUAUGCUGUCAAGAUCCGGGUCAAGCCGGACCACACAGGAGUGGUUACAGAUGGCGUCAAGCAUUCGAUGAACCCCUUCUGUGAGAUCGCAGUGGAGGAGGCCGUCAGACUCAAGGAGAAGAAGCUUGUGAAGGAGAUCGUGGCCGUCAGCUGUGGUCCUCAGCAGGUUCAGGAGACGAUCCGGACGGCUCUGGCCAUGGGUGCGGACCGCGGGAUACACGUGGAAGUGUCCGGGAAAGACUACGAGACGCUCGGCCCCCUGCAGGUCUCCAAGAUAAUGGCUGCUCUCGCUAAGAAAGAGGAAGCCGAUCUGAUCAUUCUGGGUAAACAGGCCAUAGAUGACGACUGCAAUCAGACUGGACAGAUGACGGCAGCUCUAUUGGACUGGCCGCAGGGAACAUUUGCAUCUGAGUUGACCUUAGAAGGAGGCAAGCUGAAGGUGGUGAGAGAAAUCGAUGGUGGAUUGGAGACCAUUAUGAUCAAUAUGCCAGCCGUCGUGACCGCUGACCUCCGUCUCAACACUCCCAGAUACGCCACGCUGCCCAACAUCAUG